GAUAAACAAACUGAUAACAGUUGACCAAUUCGUCUUACUAGAUUUUCAUGUUUCUACUUUCGUUUAAUGAAAUUGACUGAAAAAAGCUUCUUGAUAUGAAAAACGGCUGUCAGCAAUGGAUAUUAUACAGAGAAUAGAAAAUUUAAAAAUGGAAGAUGAGGCCUGGGAGCUUCUCAAAAGUAAUCUACGUGACCUCGAAGAACCAAAAAACGUGCUGCUAGUGGGGAGUUUUGGUGCAGGGAAAUCCUCAUUCAUAAACACCGUUAUAACAGCAUUAACGGGGAAGUACGACUAUUAUGCUGACGUAGGAAGUGGCAGUAGGCACAGCACUACUAGAAUUAAGAGGAUAUCGAGUAGAAACUACUGGCGCCCUAAAGACGAGGUUGACAAAGAACUGAAACUCCCAACGUUCAUCGACAUCAUCGGAUUGGACCCUCAACUGUCGACAUCAGAGGAUGAUCGCACGAUCAACAGUCAGAUACUGAACCUGGUCAUUAACGGACAACUUCCAGAGAACGCCGACCUGCUGGAUCUAGGCAAGAAACUGAAGGAGGGAAAACUAGUAAUAGAAAGCACGGAUGCCAAGACGUCUCCUGUAGACGCCAUCAUUGCUGUAGUAUCGGCAGAAAAUCUAAAUGGAGCCAUUCCUCAUACUCUAAUUGACGAAAUUUAUAUGGAAGCGAACAUGAGAAAGAAACAGAUACCUGUGUUUGCUGUUGUCACUAAGAUUGAUAAGUGUGACUUAACACAGCAGAAUCUAGAACGAAAAAAGAAUGAGCUUUGUGAAGCAAUAAACAUUACACCAGACAAACUUCUAUUGUGUAGUAAUUACCAACCUGAUCCAGAACAAGAUAUUGAGAAAGAUAUUGAUAUCUUAAAGUUUUUGAUCAAGGUUUGCAGCCCUCAUCUCCAGGCCGUCGAACUAGAGAAGAUAGAAUGCGAAGCACCGCCACCAAUACCGGCGCUUGCCACUUUGUACAAUACCAUUUUAGAUGACAGAUACACCUAUAUCAGAGUCCAAGCUCUGAAGGUGGCAGUUGCUGUUCUUGUGGUUGCAUUCUUUCUUAGCCUCAUCAUGAAUCUUUGGAACAAAAUGAAGAGUUACACUGCGUCGUAACCGAGCAACAAAAUAUUGUUUGCGAUUUGUUCUUACAAUUUUUUUUAAAUAAAUAAGUUCGUAAAUGACUGUUAAA